AAUCUCCCGUCCCAAAUCACCUCAAGCCGCCGUCAGCCAUGGCGCCGCCGCAGCACGACCCCCGCCGCCCCUACAAGCGAGCCGCGAUCUCCGACCAGCAGCGCCGCCGCGACUUCGCCCUCCAGACCCAAUCCGCCCGACGCGCCGACGCCCAGGCACGCGCGCGCAGCCUCGCCAACUCCCUCCUGUCCCCCUCAUACCCCCCUGUCGACCAAGCGCCAGCCUCCCCCGAGGCCAACCACGAUGACCGCAGCCACGAGCCCGCCGUCAACGAAGUCGCCACGGCCGCAGCCAAGCUCCGCGGCCCCGAGGGGCGGCGCUGGUUCGCCUGCCAAAUCAUGCUCCCGGAGUGGAUGGUCGACGCCCCUCCCCACCUCGCCCGCGACUGGAAUGUCUGUGCCAGGCCUGCCGGCCAACGCUGCCUGGUCGUGUCGACUAACGGCAUCACAGUUAGCAGGCUCCGUAACGGAACCGUUCUUCACCGGUUCCCUUCCGCCCUGCCCAACGGAUCGAAGAGAGGGAUCUCUGGCCCUGCAAGUUCCUACUCAAUCCUUGAUUGCAUAUUUCAUGAGCCUGAUGAAACAUACUAUAUUGUUGAUAUGAUUUGUUGGCGAGGCUAUUCGCUAUAUGAUUGCACUGCUGAGUUCAGAUUUUUCUGGAUUAACUCCAAGCUCACAGAGACUUCUGCUGGUGACCCUCCAUCGACGUACCAUCGGUAUAGAUUCUGUGCCGUCCCUAUGUAUGAGUCCACACUUGAGGGUCUUCAAGCAGCAUAUUCGGGAAGCACACCUUAUGUCAAAGAUGGUUUGCUGUUUUACAACAAGCAUGCACAUUAUCAAACUGGAAUCACACCCCUCACACUAGUAUGGAAAGAUGAGGCUUGUAGCCAAUACGUUCUUGACACGGACAGCGAGGGACAAGUUCCAACUGAGCAGCACGUUGUGUUGGAGCUGCAAGAGGAUGGAAAGCUAAUUACUUCUGAUGACCCUCCAAUUAUAUUUGGUACCUUGAAUAGCGAGUUUAUCCAGAAGUCAAACCUGCGGCCAGGGAACCUAGUUCGCUUCAGCGUAAGAGAUGAAAGUGUCAAACUUGUGGAUGGAAAGAUGGAGAUUGGUGAACUGCAAUUUGCUGGAAAGCUGAAUCGUUCUCGUACUUUUGCUGACAGCCAUUCCAAAGUUCUGUUCCAGUAUGCUGCAAGGCAUGCUCCUCUGAGAAUUGAGGAUCUAGUAGCCUCUGUUCAAUCAAACAGUAUGGAGCUUGAAUCUACAGAUGUUGAGAUGCAAGAUUGAGUCAUUCAAGGCUGAGGGUUCUGGUGUUGACUGGAACCAUAUUAGGAUGAAAUAGAUGCAAACAUGACCCAGGAGUAAGUUGUGGAAUUCAGGUGGAGAUUUGCGCAAAGGACGUGAUGGUCUGAAAGCCGUGAUUUUUAGGGAGCGGCGCGUUUCCAGGCCUGAUAGAUAUUAGCACCUCAAGACCUGUGAAACCAAAAUGUAUGAGUUUGUGAAAGACAAGUCUUGGCAUGUAUGUAUACUACAUUACAUUUCAUGGAUAUCCAUGAUGCAACUCAUUUUGUGAAGUGCUGUUUACCUUGAAUUAGAAACAUUGUUGCUUUUGAAUGAAAUGUCCGUUCUUUUUUUUUCA